AACAAGAAAAUUGACAUUCGCAGUCAAACGGGUUUUCCAUUUUUGUCGUGGGGCAAUUGUGACCCGGAAAUUGUCCGGGCGAUUCCCUGUGUUUGGAACGAUACUGUAGGGCUUUGGAUUCGAGAGCAAAUAGACGAAGAUCCCUCUGCCAAGACUGUGAAGAGGACGACGGGCUUGGAAUGAGAAAGAAGAGGGCAAUAAUGUUAGGGCUUUAGUAGCGAAUCUGUCUGUUGUUCGUUUGUUCAAAUCCGUCACUGGAGGAAGAUUAAUUGAGGUUAUGCAUCAGCACUGAUGUUUAGAAGCAACAAUGUCGUUGCUAGGAUUUUCCAACGGCAGAUUUGCACACCUGCACCUGGCACCAGUGUUCAUUGUGCAAGGCGAUUUUAUGAGAAUCUAGUCCCAAGUUGCACUAUAUAUGAUGUUGAAUGCCCGGAUCAUUCAUUCCGAAAGUUUACUGAUGACGGUCAAUACCUCAUUAGUUUCAGCAGAAAUAAUCAGGAUUUGAUUGUUUACAGACCAACAUGGCUAUCAUUUUCAUGCAAAGAGGAAGACUGUGAUUCUUAUGAUCUUCCCUUGAAAGCAAAGAGGUUUGAAAGCUUCUUCACCCAGCUAUACUGUGUAUCACUUGCUUCCAGCAAUGAGUUUAUAUGCAAGGACUUCUUCCUUUACAUGGAGAGUAACCAAUUUGGACUGUUUGCAACUUCUACUGCACAAAUUCAUGAUGCACCUGCUACGGGAGGAGCAGUUCAGGGAAUCCCAUCAAUAGAAAAGAUAACUUUCCAUCUUUUGAGAUUGGAAGAUGGAUUUAGACUAGAUGAGAGGGUUUUCCACAACGAUUUUGUCAAUUUGACCCAUAGUAUGGGUGUUUUCUUGUAUGAUGAUUUACUGGCUAUCGUGUCCCUCCGCUAUCAAACAAUACACAUUCUCCAAAUUAGGGACUCUGGAAAUCUUGUUGAUGUACGAGCUAUUGGGACAUUUUGCCGUGAAGAUGAUGAACUUUUUCUUAAUUCCAAUGCUCAGCGUGUGGCUGGCCCGCAUCAGUUGCCUCGGAAUCAUGUUGAGAAUGGUUUGGAUCAUAACCAGAUUAAUAUGAACAAUUCUUUUCUGAGUGGUAUCAAACAGCGGUUGCUUUCGUUUAUAUUCCGAAGCAUAUCAAAUGAGGAAACAGAUAAAACCUUGAGGAUGCAAUGCUUGAAGAAGAAGUUUUAUUUUCGUUUUCAAGAUUAUGUUGACUUGAUUGUUUGGAAGGCACAAUUCUUGGACCGGCAUCAUUUGUUGAUCAAGUUUGGUAGUGUAGAUGGAGGGCUUCAGGUAUCACGAAAUGCUGAUCAAUAUCCUGCAUUCUUUGCUGUAUAUAACAUGGAGACAACUGAGAUUAUUUCAUUUUAUCAGAACUCUGCAGAUGAGCUUUAUCUCUUGUUUGAGCAUUUCUGCGAUCACUUUCAUGCAACAUCAAGGAAUCCAUUGUCUAUGAAUUUCAUAUCAUCUCACUCAAAUAAUAUUCAUGCUCUUGAGCAACUAAGACUCAUUAAAAACAAAUCUAGCAGCUUUUCACAGUUUGUGAAGAAGAUGAUGGCCUCUUUGCCUUUCAGUUGUCAGUCACAAAGUCCUUCUCCCUAUUUUGACCAAUCUCUCUUUCGGUUUGAUGAAAAGUUGAUUUCAGCAACUGAUCGGCAUAGACAGUCCACAGACCAUCCUAUCAAGUUCAUUUCGAGAAGGCGUCCAUAUUCUCUCAAAUUCAAGAUUAAGCCAGGUCCUGAAGCUGGGAGUACAGAUGGACAGACAAAAAAGAUAUGUUCAUUCCUGUUCCACCCAAUUUUGCCCCUUGCUCUAUCCAUUCAGCAGACCUUGUUCUUGCAGUCAUCAGUUGUGAAUAUUCAUUUCCGGAGAUGACUAUCUUUCUUGCUGCCUUCCAUUUGUAACAGGCUCUACUUAGAUUCACAUUAAAUUAAGGAAACAAUAUAUUCUAAAUGAUGUUUUUACAGCAGCUUGCAUUGCUUGUACACACCAACAUCCAGCUAAUAUUUUCAGUUUUAUUUA